UAUAUAUAUAGCUUCUCGCUUAUAUUUAUCAAAAAAAUCUUUAUGUCAAUCACAUUUGAAAUCGAAAUUAUGAAUAACCAUUAGUGCAAAUGAUGAAUUUUAUGCUGUUGUUUAGCCGUCAAGGUAAGGUGCGAUUGCAAAAAUGGUAUAUUGCGAAAUCGGAUAAAGAUAAAAGAAAAAUUUUGAAAGAAUUGAUGAUGCUUAUUAUAGCGCGAAAGCCAAAGAUGUGUAAUUUUUUGGAUUGGAAGGAUUUAAAAAUAGUUUAUAAAAGAUAUGCUAGUCUUUAUUUUUGUUGUGCAAUAGAACAAAAUGAUAAUGAAUUACUUUGUUUAGAAGUUAUUCAUAGAUAUGUUGAAUUGUUGGACAAAUAUUUUGGAAGUGUGUGUGAAUUGGAUAUAAUUUUUAAUUUUGAAAAAGCCUAUUUUAUGCUCGAUGAAUUGUUAUUAGGAGGAGAAAUGCAAGAAACCAGUAAAAAAUGCAUUUUAAAGGCCAUAACUGAGGAAGAUGUUCUACAAGAAGAAGAAAAUUCGUUGAAUUUAUUUGAAGAUAAUACGAUAGGUUAAUUUUAAACGCUUGUGUUACUUGUUUUAUAUGUCCAUGUCCUGCAUAAUUAUUUUACUCAUAUUUAUUUAUUGAGUCCAUAUUUAUGUUAUAAAUGUCUUGCAUUUUCCAACUUUUUUGUAACAAUUAAAUAUAAAAAACCAAAAUUUGUCCAGUAUUCUUCAUUCAAUUAUCCUUAUUUUGAUCUCUUCAAAAUGAUUAUAUCAUCAAAAAUACAAUAAUAAUAUAUUGUUUAAUUUAUUUUAUUUAUAAUUUGAUUCUUUUUGUUUAUAAAAAUCUUGCCACAUUUAUAGAUUUUUCUCACACCCCAAAAUAAUCAUUAUUUGCAACCUUUAUAUUGAAUUAAUAUGUGUAAUAUUUAAAUAUAUUUAUAUGUUAUGGUGAAUUGUAAUUUAUAUGGAUUAAUUUUAAUUAAAAUAAAUGGAUCAAUAUAUU